AUGGAGGUAUUAGGUAUGGCAGGAGGAAAAUUCGAAAUGAAUAUACCAGGGGAGACACGUGGAGGUAUGGGAGGAGGAGGGGAGGCUGCUCUAGGAGCUGUGAUGGGGGAGCUACUGAGGGCCGUACUGCGUGCAAAGGAUAGGGUUGUGCGAUUCAAACCCAUGCUCCAAGAGCUCCAAUCCACACUGGAGUCCAUCAUCCCAAAGAUAUCAGAAAUUGACAGAUUAAAUCAACAGUUGGAUGAUUCUCAAAAGGGGGAUAUAAUUAAGCUGAGGGUGGCGUUGGAGAAAGCCCAGAUACUCGUGGAGAAGUGUGAACGUCGCUUGCUCGAACUGCUGGAAAAAGAAUCGUUACGCCAAAAGCUUCAGAAAUUGGAUCAUGCGCUUCUCAGAUUGUGUCAGAUUGAAUUGCAGGUUGAGCAGUUAAGGGAUGCCAGAAUGGUAUUGGUUGAGGUUAGGCAAUUGUAUCAGAAAUUGGAUUCCUUGGACAGGAAAAUGAACUGGAGAGUAAUGACAUGCACGACUAUUUCAGCCACUUAGAUAUUAACAAGAUUCCCCUAGUCCAUACCAUAUAUAACGAAGUGUGCGAUUGUAUUAUUUUAGAUUUUCUGUUGUUGUACUCGUUGGAUUGCUAUUUUGUUCGCUUACAGUAAAAACACAAUCAACUACUUCGAAGUUA